AUGACUGUCGGAGAUCUUGGCAGGAGAGCUUCGGACGCCGAGGACGCCGGCAAGAAGAGGCUCAAAAUGCAAGUUUGGAAGGAGUACGGUGUCGUGUUGCCUUCAGGUAAUGGGAGACAACUUGCCUCAAGGCUCAAGGCUCAAAAAUGUGCGGCUUGUAGCAUGCUUGAUGAUUGGGGAUCACUCAAGGUCGCGGCCAUGGAUGGCGCCGCGAGUGUACUCCCAUCUACUUGGGGGCUAUGCAUCGUGGGGCCUCAUAAAAGGGGGUUUUUAAAUUUUCGACAUAACCGUGGACCUGCGAAUUCCUGA